AUGAUCGAAGUAAAAAAUUCGGUGACAAGUCGUGGAAGAGAAGAUGCCAAGCGAAAAGCGCUGCUCGGUCUAAUUGAAAAAUUGCAGAACAGUGGUAUUUUGCACCGGCUUCAAGAAGAGGCUGAGGUCAAGACGACAAAGCACAAACCAGAGAGUAAUGAUCUUGAGACUCUCAAAGCACUAUCCAGGCGACCCACCCAGAUAUUCAAGUCAUUAGAGGUUACCUCUACCACUGUCUUGCCAGGCAAGAGAGAGCUUAAAAUUCUCGACAGUCUGUCACAGAAGCAACAGGUUCAGCUGGAUCUAGAGUUCUCAGGGAAUUCAAUUGAUAGCAUUACUUGUUUCGUGGUUUGCUCGAUAAGCAGUUUGCAGCGGGACCUGCAGGCAGUAGGGAACGGUGCGACAAAGCAAGAUGCAAAAAACAAUGCCUUCCAACUUCUGAUCUCAAAACUGCAAGAAGCCGGGUUGUGGGAGCAGCUUUCACAGCGCGACCAGGUUACGCUUAAUGUGGAUGAUGAUCUGCUUUAUAUGAUGCGCUUUGGGACGAAAAGUUUACUCGACGCCAAUGACAAGCUUCGAUCAGUCAUGACCAUUGAGAAAAAGCGACCCUUGCUAUCGCAGAGAGGUCCAGAUGUGCCCAAAGAGUAUAAAACAAAGAGAUCCGAGAAACUCACCGAAGCUCUCCGCAAGUUUCGCCAAUCUCAAGACCCCAAGGUAGUAGCUAUUCGAUCUGCGACGGGCGGCUUACCCGUGAACGAAUGCAAAGAGUCUGUCCUGGAUCUUGUCAAGAGCAACACAUAUAGCAUCAUUGUUGGGGAGACUGGCUCUGGGAAGUCGACUCAAGUCCCUCAAAUUAUAUUAAACGACGCCAUCGAGGAUGGUUAUGGAGGCUACUGCAAUAUUCUUUGCAUUCAGCCACGGCGCAUCGCAGCUCGCAUGCUGGCCCAGCGAGUCGCUCAUGAAAGAGAUGAGAAAAUUGGCAGUACCGUUGGCUAUAUGAUUCGAUUCGGGAUUAAGCGGCCGGCGAAGGGUGGCGCUAUCACGUACUGCACCACUGGCCUUGCCUUGAACCUCUUACAGAAAGAACCCGAUCUUCUCAACUCGUUCUCCCAUAUCAUUCUCGAUGAAGUCCAUGUUCGAGACAUUGACAUCGACUUCGUGAUGAUGCUCUUGAAGAGCCAUAUUGACCGGUGCCAAGUGGUGGGCACCCCAACACCCAAGAUUGUGGUGAUGAGCGCAACGGUGGACGUUGACCUUUUCGCCUCUUACUUCCGCAACAGGGGUCCAGACGGGCAAUUAUCGCCUGCUCCACAUAUAUGCAUUCCCGGGCGACAAUUCCACGUGAACCGCCAUUACCUUGAUGAGAUCCUCACAACCCUGACCGAGACCUUUCACGAGGGCGUCCUUUCGUGGUGUUUGAAAGAGCCGAUGACACAGAAAUUUUUGCGAAGACACAGCCACAACUUCAGCGCAGUAGAAAUCGUCGAUCAUGGCGAAGUGCUUCCCACGGAAGAAGAAGCAGCCAAGGUGCCCUCUUCGCCGCAUCCUAUUAGCUUGAAGCAAGAGGACGAUGGCUCUAUCGUUCCAAUUGGGCUGGUCGCCGUCAUUAUCCACCACAUCCUGUCCACCACGGAAACGGGCUCUGUCUUGGUCUUCCUCCCGGGGCUUAGCCAGAUCCUUGCCGUUGAAUCUCAGCUCCUAUCUGCCGCGGAAAUGCUGGGACUGGAUGUUUCCGACGAAAAUACGUUCAAAAUCUUGAAAUUACAUGCUAGUCUCCCAGAGGAACUUGCGAAGCUAGAUCUUGAAAUGCCUCGAGGUUGUCGAAGGAUUUUACUGGCAACGGAUGUUGCAGAGGCCUCCCUCACCAUCCCAGACGUGAAAUAUGUCAUUGACUCGGGCAAGGUGAAUCAGUUGAUGUACGACUCUCCGAGUCGAUCUCACCGGAUAGCGUGCUGCUGGGCAAGCCAAUCAAGUUCUGUUCAACGAUCUGGACGGGCGGGUAGAGUUCAGGAUGGGGAGUACUUCUUCCUUGGAAGCAAACAAUGCUUUGACUCGCUGCGUAUCACCAAGUCCCCCGAGAUCCUUCGAAGUGACCUACAAAACGUGUGUGUGCGAGCCAAAAUUUCCAAUCCUGAUAUGCCCAUCAACGAGUCUCUACAACAAGCCAUCGAGUCUCCCGAUAGUUCCGACGUCGCCCUCGCCAUUGAUUCCUUGAAACAAUUACGAGCACUGGAUAACGAGGAGGAACUCACCAAUCUGGGCUCUCUUGUGAACCGAAUGCCUGCGCUUUCUCCUCACCUUGCCAAGUUGGUCAUUCUAGGCGCGACUUUCCGUUGCCUAGACCCCCUUCUGAUAUUGGCAACAUUAGGAGAAGAACCCAGCUUGUUCUUCCGGACGACUGACCCGGAGCAACGUCGUCAGGCCAGGGAUGACCAAGCUGAGUUUGCAGGGCAGAGCUUCAGUGACCAUUUCAGUGUGAUAACCGCUUUCAAGGCUGUCCGUUCGGUAUGGAAUUCGCAAGGCUGGCGAGCGGCUCAUAGGUUUGCGAUUUCGCAAAACGUAUAUCUUCCUGUGUAUCGGGAGGCCUUCCUCACGUGCAACCAAAUUUUGCAUCAGCUGGAACAAGCAAAAGUGGUCAACAAAUGGUUGCUCACUGACGAAGAUGCUGAUGGUCAAUUUGGCGGAGCCAAGCUCAACAUCAAUUCCCACCAUGUCCCCCUCAUCAAAGCACUGUUGCUGCAUUGUCUCUACCCCCGUCUGGCUGCCCCGAAACCAGGCUCCAAGACCGCAUUUACCACCCAAACCGAGGACCAUGCAAUGCUGUAUCCAUGGAGCAUGGCCAUGAACGGCAAAUUGCCACCACGGGAUCUACUGGUUUUCAACCGCAAAUUCCCCUUUGCAAACACAAUGGCGCUCAAAGAAGCCUCUGCUGUUACCCCGCUCGCAGCCAACCUUUUCGGCGGCCGCCUGACGGUGCAGCAAUCCUCGAUCGUCAUGGAUUCCUGGCUGCAAACCGGAAUCCGAGCCAAAGACAGUUCAAUCAUGACAGCGGAAGUGAUCAAGGAUAUGGUAGAGUUGAGCAAAGUUCUUGACAAGGCCUUAGCGACUGCUUUCGAUUCCUGUAUCGACGAUACACGAGUGCUCCGGAUGAAGAGGGCAACAUUCUUCACCACUCGUGACCAUUUCAUUCAAACUUUGCAGCAGACCGUCAAAGAUAUCCUGGACCGCGACCGCGACCACCCCAUCCGAGGGACAUCCGUGCCUGCUGCAUGGACUGAUCAUGAUCUGAGCAAAUACUCAGACUGA